AUGAGUACAUUCGGAGCUCCCGGCACAUUACCGUCAACGCGGCCUACUCCGCCGCAAAGGGGAAGCUUUCCUCUCGACCACGAUGGCGAGUGCAAGACCGUCAUGACAUCGUAUCUAGCGUGCAUGAAAAAGGUCAGAGGCGUCAACAAGGACGAGUGCCGUGACCUGGCCAAGGCAUAUCUCUCGUGCCGCAUGGACAACAAUCUCAUGGCAAGAGAUGAAUUCAAAAACCUGGGCUUCGCAGAUCCUUCUAAGGAAACAACAACGCCAGCGGCAGGCAAUAACGCGGAAAAGGGCGUCAAAGGCGAGCUGCACUGGUGA